AUGUGGAAAUUUAAAGCUUCAAAAUAUAAGAACACAACUCCAAGAAUUCCAAAAAAAGAGGAUACCAUAACAGAUUUACCAAUUGGAAAUGUCUCAGCAACCAAUAAUGCAAUUCAAUCUUCUGAAAAAUAUUUAUCAUUUCUUAUUGAAGGUGAGGGUGGAAGACUUGCUGUUCUACCAUUAAAUGACCGUGGAAGGAGAAGUCGUAGUGAUUUAAAUGUUAUUUGUGGUCAUCAAGAUCAGAUAUGUGAUUUUACAUUUCUUCCAUAUCAUGAAGAAUUACUUGUUACAUGUAGUCGCGAUGAUGAUAUAAAAAUUUGGAAAUGUGAUAAUUUUGUAAAUAAUGGAGAUAAACAUAUUACUAAUCCUUUUAUGUCUUUUAAUUUUUCAAAAGGAAAAUAUUGUGAGGCAUUAGCAGGACAUCAUUCUGCAGAUAAUAUAUUAGGAAUUGCAUGUGACUCAUCAGGUUUAGUGGCUAAUCUUGAAACAGGUCAAAUUGUAGUUGAAUUUUCAAACAUAUUUGAAGAAAAAGCAAUGUCAUUAGGAUGGUCUGAAGAUGGAUCAUUAUUAGCAAUCUCUGGAAAUAAAGGUAAAAAUGUAGGAAUUUUUGAUCCUAGAGUAGGUUCUGAACCAAUUGUAUAUUUUAACAGCCAUGCUGGUUUUGGACGUGAAUCUCGUGUACUAUUUGCUGAUGGUAAAUUUAUUUCAUCAGGAUUUACUGGAAAAAGAGUUCAGGAACUUCUUGUUUAUGAUAACAGAAAUUGGAAUAAAUCUAUGAAAGAUGUAGGAUUUAAUACAUCAACAGGAAUUCUUAUUCCACUUUAUGAUAAAGAUACCAAAUUAUUAGUUUUGGCAGGAAAAGGAUCCGGCAAAUUAAUCUUAACUGAAAUUUUAAAUAGAGAUCCUUAUGUUUCUGCUGUAACAGAACAAUCAUUGGCAGAUCAAACUGUUGGGGCAUGUUUAAUUAACAAAAAAUCAUGUAAAAUAAUGGAUGGUGAGGUCCAACGUUUUCAUCAAUUAACAAAAACUUCCAUACAACCAAUAUCAUUAAUUGUCCCUAGACGUUCUUAUCGAGAAUUUCAUGCUGAUUUAUAUCCUGAUACUUUUGGAAAUAUUCCAGGUAGUACUGCCGAAGAAUGGAUAAAGGGUUCUAAUAAUUUACCAAAAUUAAUUUCUCUUUCACCGGAAAAUGUUUAUCAUUCUCAUUCUUCUAAUACAAUAUCAUCAAUUAACGUGGUGGAAGACAAACCUUCUACUGUUUUGAAUAAUAAAAUAACUUCAGUUGAAAAAGUAGUUACUCAAGAUAGUAUACUUGAAGAAAUAUCAACUAAGCCUGUUUGUGAAGAAAAAAUAACAAUAAGCGUUGAAAAAGAUGCGCAAACUUCCACUUCAAAUCAACACUCUGAUUGUAGUACUGCUUCUUUACCUGAUACGCAGUCAAAUUUAAGUGUGUCACCUGUUUCUGAGAAAGAAAAUAUUGAUCACGAGAAUGAUGAAAAACAGAAAGAGUGUAAUAAAGAUUCACCCGUUAAGAUGAGAUUAAGAAAUGUUGAGUUAUUAAAAAAAGAACGACCUGUAAGUUUAGCAAUUGGUUCAGGGGAAGGAAUUGCUACAAGAAGGAGGAUAAUUAGAAAUAGACCAAAAUCAUGUGUUGUUGGAACACUACAAUCAAAAUAUAGACAUUGUGAAACUUUAAAUGGUCCAAAGAUUGGUAUUUUUUCAAAUUUAAGAAAUGUUAACACUCGUUUACCAAUUGAUUCCAAUGGUAUGUGUGUUAGCGAACGAUUUGCUGCUAUUCCAUUAUCUGGAACAUCUGGAUUAAUUGCAAUAUUUAGUUUAAAAUACCCAAAUAAAAUUCCGGAUGGCGUUCUAGAUGGUUUACAAAAUCGUUCUUUGGUUACUGAUAUUGCAUGGAAUCCAUUUAAUCCAAGGCAACUAGCUUGUGGUUUAGAUAUUGGAAUUGUUCAUAUUUGGGAAAUUGAUGAAACUAAAGUAAAUCUUAUUGGAGAAACAGAAUAUAAUAUACCAGAUGAUUCCAAGUUAAAGCUAUGUGAUCUCGAACCAAUUGCUGAAUUAAGAUAUAAUGCAAGUAAAAUCACACAGCUUCGUUACCACCCAACAGCAAAAGAUCUACUUACUGUGGCUUAUGGUGAUUGUUCUAUUUGCAUUUUUAAUAUUAAACUUAAUGAAAUUGUUUUUGAAAUUAAAAAUGCCCAUGAAUAUCAAAUUUUAUCAAUAUCAUGGAGUUAUGAUGGAACAAAACUUGCAACUCUUGGAAAAGAUAAAAUGUUAAAAAUAUUUCAACCUCAAUUAGAAGGAGAGGAUUGUUGUAUUGCUGAAAAAAAAGUACUAGAAUCAACGAGAAGUGCGCGUGUUUUAUUUGUUUGUGAUGACUCAAUGAUUUUAAUUGUCAGUUUCUCACGUACUUCCAAUAGACAGUGUACUCUUUUAGACUCUUUCACAUUAAAAGAUCUUCAUCAACAACAGAUUGAUACUAACACACAGCCAUUGAUUCCUCAUUACGACUAUGAUAGCUCUAUUUUAUUUUUAACUGGUAAGGGUGAUCAUGGUAUUCAAAUGUUUGAAUUAUCUCCAAGUAGUCCAUAUAUGCUUCCGUUGGCGCCAUUUACAGCAUUAACAGGUCACCAAACUAUUGCACUUCAUCAAAAAAAUGUCUGUGAUGUUAAAGCUGUUGAAUUUCAAAGAGGAUGGAGACUUACAGAGAAAGCACUUGAAAAAUUAUCUUUUAGAGUUCCGCGUGUGAAGAAAGAGUUGUUUCAAAGAGAUUUAUUUCCUGAUGCUUUAAUUACGUGGUCACCAUUAAUGGAUGGUGAACAAUGGAUUCGAAAUGAAACUGUUGAAACACGCAAAACUGUAAACUUAUGUCCUGAAGGAAUGCAUGAUAAUAUUUAG